GAUGAUGAUGAUGAUGGUGGUGCCGCCGCGAUGUACCGCGCUCGGGGGGCUCUGAUGAGGCACGCAGCUCCCCGAUGUGCGCCCGCCCAGAGGAGGCUGUAGUGGUACCGUUGCACGAAGGAGCUUCCCGUCUGAACUAGCCCCGAUACGGACGCUUUUGUGUUAAAUUUCUUCUUUUUCUUCUCACCCGACGGGUCGGACGGAUUGGCCAUUCGGGCUAGCGGGCUUUAGCGCUAAGUGUUUUUUUCGUUUCUCUUUUGUCCGAGGGACCUAUCUGCAAGUAACGGAGGAGUCUCGGCUGCGUGUGUGGCUCCCCCUCCCUGCCCCCUUGCCUGUCGUGCAUGAGCUACUGGAGCGGCUCCGCUCGGGGCCGGCUGCGCAAAGCUCUCCCCCGCCGCCUCCCGCCUUCCUCCCUUGUUCGCCGCUCCGUGUCUUGCUGAUGACCUCGUCCGUUCACCGACUCUCGGGAGCAGCGCGGCUGUCUGCGGAGACUUUCUCUCGCCCCCACCGUUUGCGACGGUCCCGCCGCUGACACCGCGUUCUCCCGGCUGGAUUUCUCACACCACCCCCCCCCCCCCCCUUGGUGAGGGGCAGGAGUGGGGAGAGGAGUUGCCUCCGCCCGGGCUUUCCAGCCUUACAGCUACAUCUGCAGUUCCAGAGCCCACGAAGGGGAGCGGACCGUUCAUCCGGACGGCGGUUGUACCCCCUCGUUACGCCGGAUCCCUUCCUGUCCCGCCGCACCCAGGCGCUGCGGAGCGGCGGUGACAGUCCCCAGCGGAGCCCACCCACCUCUCCCGGGCCCCCCAACCCAGAGCAGCAGCAACAAAAGACCCCGCGGCCGGAGGAUGUUCCCGCGGGGCGGCCACUGAAAGGCGCGGCAGAAGGAAGGCGGCUGGCGGGCGUCGCUGCUCCUGCCCCCUCGCCGCCCCGGGCGUGAAGCCAGGCCAGGGCGGGGGGCUCCCCGCCAGAGCCGCGCUGCGAGGGAGACCCUCCGCGACCGGAGUCAUGUUUCCCCAGAGCCGGCACCCUACCCCGCACCAGGCUGCGGGCCAGCCUUUCAAAUUCACCAUUCCGGAGUCGCUGGACCGCAUCAAGGAGGAGUUCCAGUUCCUCCAGGCGCAGUACCACAGCCUUAAAUUGGAAUGUGAGAAACUGGCAAGUGAAAAGACAGAAAUGCAGAGGCACUACGUGAUGUAUUAUGAAAUGUCGUAUGGAUUAAACAUUGAAAUGCACAAACAGACAGAAAUCGCCAAGAGAUUGAAUACAAUUUGUGCACAAGUCAUCCCAUUUUUGUCUCAGGAACAUCAGCAACAAGUGGCCCAAGCUGUAGAACGUGCCAAACAAGUGACCAUGGCUGAGCUGAAUGCCAUCAUCGGGGUACGUGGCCUUCCAGGUCUACCUCCUACACAGCAGCAGUUGCAGGCUCAACAUCUCUCCCAUGGCCAUGGACCUCCAGUGCCUCUAACACCGCAUCCGUCAGGACUUCAGCCUCCAGGAAUCCCUCCACUUGGAAGCAGUGCUGGCCUUCUUGCCCUUUCUAGUGCUUUGGGUGGGCAGUCUCACUUGGCAAUAAAAGAUGACAAGAAGCAUCACGAUGCAGACCACCACAGAGAGAGAGAGCCGGGCACAAGUAAUUCUCUUUUGGUCCCGGACAGUCUGCGGAGCACAGAUAAACGCAGGAAUGGCCCUGAAUAUACCAAUGACAUCAAAAAGAGAAAGGUGGAUGAUAAGGAUUCCAGCCACUAUGACAGUGAUGGGGACAAGAGUGACGAUAACUUGGUUGUAGAUGUAUCCAAUGAGGAUCCUUCUUCCCCAAGGGCAAGCCCAACUCAUUCACCACGUGAAAAUGGUAUAGAUAAAACUCGGCUGCUGAAGAAAGAUGCCUCUAGCAGUCCAGCAUCUACAGCCUCUUCAGGAAGUUCCACUUCCCUCAAAUCCAAAGAAAUGAGCCUGCAUGAAAAAGCCAGCACGCCUGUUCUGAAAUCCAGCACACCGACUCCUCGAAGUGAUGUGCCAACCCCAGGCACUAGUGCAACUCCAGGACUUCGUCCAGGCCUUGGCAAGCCUCCAACAAUGGACCCUCUGGUGAACCAAGCUGCUGCAGGUUUGCGGACACCAUUGGCAGUACCAGGACCGUACCCUGCUCCAUUUGGAAUGGUACCUCAUGCUGGCAUGAAUGGAGAGUUAACCAGUCCAGGGGCAGCCUAUGCCAGUUUGCACAAUAUGUCACCCCAGAUGAGUGCUGCUGCUGCUGCAGCUGCUGUGGUUGCCUAUGGAAGAUCUCCUAUGGUUGGGUUUGAUCCUCCUCCUCACAUGAGAGUACCUGGAAUUCCUCCAAAUCUGGCAGGGAUUCCUGGGGGAAAACCAGCCUACUCCUUUCAUGUUACUGCAGAUGGUCAGAUGCAGCCAGUUCCUUUCCCUCCUGAUGCCCUCAUUGGUCCAGGAAUCCCUCGCCAUGCCCGUCAGAUCAACACUCUGAACCAUGGGGAAGUUGUGUGUGCAGUUACCAUCAGCAACCCCACGAGACACGUAUAUACAGGUGGGAAAGGGUGCGUCAAAGUCUGGGACAUCAGCCAACCUGGCAACAAGAGCCCUGUCUCCCAGCUGGACUGCCUGAACAGAGAUAACUACAUCCGCUCUUGUAAAUUGCUGCCUGAUGGAUGCACCCUAAUAGUUGGUGGAGAAGCCAGCACAUUAUCCAUAUGGGACCUGGCAGCACCAACUCCUCGUAUAAAAGCAGAGCUGACAUCCUCAGCCCCUGCCUGCUAUGCUCUGGCUAUCAGCCCUGAUUCCAAGGUGUGCUUUUCGUGCUGCAGUGAUGGGAACAUCGCAGUGUGGGAUCUGCACAAUCAGACAUUGGUCAGGCAAUUCCAGGGCCACACAGAUGGAGCCAGCUGUAUUGACAUUUCUAAUGAUGGUACCAAGCUCUGGACGGGAGGUUUGGAUAACACUGUCAGAUCCUGGGACUUGAGAGAAGGAAGACAGCUACAGCAGCAUGACUUCACAUCACAGAUAUUUUCCCUUGGUUAUUGUCCUACUGGUGAAUGGCUAGCUGUGGGAAUGGAGAGCAGCAAUGUGGAAGUGCUACAUGUAAAUAAACCAGACAAAUAUCAACUGCACCUUCAUGAGAGUUGUGUAUUGUCACUCAAGUUCGCUUACUGUGGUAAAUGGUUUGUCAGUACUGGGAAAGAUAACCUUCUUAAUGCAUGGAGAACUCCCUAUGGAGCCAGUAUUUUUCAGUCCAAAGAAUCUUCGUCAGUGCUUAGCUGUGACAUCUCUGUGGAUGAUAAGUACAUAGUCACUGGCUCUGGAGACAAAAAGGCUACAGUCUAUGAAGUUAUCUACUGAAAAAUAUGAUGGGGAUAUAACUUUUAAAAGUUGAACUGGGCCAAAAUUGUUCUUAAUUGUAGAAGUAGAAAAGUUUUGCCUUUUAAAAAGGAACAAAAGUAUUGAGGUUCCAGACUUUGCCAUGAACCUGCUCCAAUUUUUCAAAAUAGAAGGCAACAUCCAGCAACUAAAUAUUGGCUACGUGGACCAAAUGGAACACAGAGGCAAGAUGGACAGAUGUAGCCUAGGUUUUUGCCAUAGUUUUUAAAAGCCGAGUCUACUGAAGACUGUUGGAGCCUUUUAUUUUUUUUCUUUCUUUGUAACCUCAUGCAAAUUGUUCUCAUUGCCUGAUUAUGGGGGAUAAAGACUUUUCUGUUCCGUGCAGUUCAAGUUGCAUUCUGUCCUGUGUAGAGCAGUGGUGUCUCAGAUGAACUUGUUUCUUGGUUUUGCAUCUUGUGAUCUGUUUUUGUAUUUUUGUUGAAGGUCAAACAUUUGUAUAAAUUGUAAAUAUCAUUAGUUUAUUACAGUAAAGGCUUUAGUACCAACAACCAGUCUUCCCCCCGUCCUCUCCCCGCCCACCCUGCUUAUUUAAAAUUUAAAACCUUUUGGGGAUAUAAGUACCUUUUUAGAAGCAAAAGCAAACACUAUGUAUAGUUUGAAAAUGCUGUCUUAUUCUUUAUAACUCUUCCUAGAUUCCUUUAUCAUACUUCAAAGUAGUUGUUUUGACAUAUUAGGGUAUCAAGUCCAGUAGAAUACUGUCUUGUGCUACAGAAAUCUUAAAAGGCAAUUUUGUACUAAUGAUAGUGUAAAUAUAAAAAUUGAUCAUUUCAUAAAGUUGUGCAGUUUAAGUUUAUUCUGAUGUCCCAUGGGUAUGUUCUUUGGCAGAUACAGUAAUAUGUGCUUCAUCAUAGUUCAUUUCGUCAUUUCUCUAGAAGAGGAGGUGACUUUCCUCACCUUUCGCCCUCAGCUGAACAGAAUUCAUACAAGAGCUACAUUUCAACUAAAUACAUCAGAGCCUUUAUUCAUUAACUGAGGAUGUCUGUGAUUAAUCAAAGUUAGAUAAGUUGCAUCCUUCAUAUUUUACAGAGAAGUGGUAGUUAAGGACCGUUUCUUUUUUAAUGUCUUGUCUAUGCUUAGAUAUUCAGGUAAAUUUAAUCAAAUUACCAAAAGUGUUAGUUUUACAGGGAAUCACUUAAAACAAUGUUAAAUACUUGCAGGGAUGCAAGUGAAGUGGAUUAACCUGAACUAAGUUAAACUCACUUAUUAAUUUCUUGUGAGAAUAUUGACAAAGGAGUAUUUUGAUUUUUAACUAAACUAAUCCACUGUACAUAUUAAUUAGAAUUAAUUUCCCUGAGUGUCCCAUGUUAUGUGAGCCUACAGGGUCUGUAUAUUUGUACUGAACAAUCUUUCAGUCCUUUCCACUGUUCAAUCAGUGUAACAUUGGUGAAGAGCCAUGCUAAGCAGCCAGUUACCAAAGCUAUGCAUCUUCAAGUUUUUGUGGUGUACUCGAGAAAUAAAUGAGGAGAGAAUGUGUACAUUUUAUUCUAACCAUGUUUUUUUCAGAUCAACGAGUUCUACCACUGUGUGCUAGACAAACCUAACUAUUGCACCACUGAGGGCAUGCAUUUCCUACAUUCUGUAAUUUAAUUAGAAUUUCCGUUGCUAAAUGAGAGUACAGAUGAAUGAAAAGGUAUCUUUGAACAAAUAAUUCAGAUUACACAAACUGGGAGACUCAUCUGUGAAGAGCUGCUUUCUCAUUUUGCUAGAAUUUGGCAGUGACCUAUAUCUGUGCUCUUUAAAGACACGUAACUAGUAAGAGACAAGGUUGACCGACAGAUACAUUGACUGGAUAGGAAAUUUCUCAUCUGGGUGCAAAUUUUCUAUUUCCUGUCUGAAGAGACAUCAGUUUUCUUCUCAAUUUUCAUGACCAUUCUACUGAAACCAGUUUUAUAACAUUUAGAAUCGUAAUAGCCUUAAUACAUUAACUUUGUAUUUGGAAUGUAAAAUGUUAACCAUUCAGGAUAGUCUGGUCUCCUAGGCAUUUAAAAUCAAUGUUCUAUCCAUAUAUAUCUGUAUCUUUGUCCAUUGCCGUGUUGUGAGUAUGAAAUCUGUAUGAAAAUGACAGCCCAUCUUAGGUGGUGGUCAUGUUUCUUUCACACAUAAUGACACAAAAAGUAGAAUCAUAAUGCUUUUCGGUGAAAUAAUUGUCUUUGAUAUAUUGAAACAUAGUGAAGUGCCAUGCCAUUUUAAAAAGAGAAAUUUUAAAAAGAGAAUAUGUACUAGGGUACUUGAUUUUUACACUGACCAUGUUUUCAUAUUGAAGUUUUUGCAAAUGUCUGACUCUGCCAGUGAUCGAUCACUGUUUAGCAGUAGUGGUGAAUUUGGAAGACUUGGUUUUCUGCCACAGUUCUGUCACCUUGGCUUUUACUUCAUAGGUGUUCUUUUGCCUUUCUUUAAAGUUGGUAUCACAGGAACCAAGAAUGCAAGUAUACUAACACAUUGUGUAACCUUUGAGAAAAAAAUCUACAUUUAUAUAAUGAUUCUGCUAUAAUUUGCAACAUAGUGGUUGUUAGGAAGGCCACACUCUUUGCAAUCAGGAAGUUCAAAAUCGUAUCAGGAAAAUAAUGAAAUACCUUGUCUUUUCUUGUUAGCUUCCAGAAUGCACCAUCAGUCAGAGAAGUUAUGGAAUUGGACUUUAUUUAUGUGUGUGAACGAAUUUAAUCAUAUUUGUACCAUAUAUUUCUUUGAAAUUAAGAAUUAUUUUUUUUCCCCAGUCAGACCUGCUUUAAGCUUUGGGUCUGCAAAUUUCGGGAUGCAGUAUAGAAUAGUCCUCUCCAGAUGUUCUUUCAGGUUUCACUUGCAGUUUAUGAAAUUUUUGUCUUUCAUUUGUCAAACAGUAAAGCCUGUUCCACCA